GUUGUAACUGCGCUCUGGGUGUCUCUACUCGGCGGCAGUUCCCUGUCAGAGCCUCAAACGCAGUUUGUUCAGGCAUGACUUUACCCUUUAGGUACUCAAGCGCAGCCUGUACGCAACGCCGCAUCGCCGCCCCACGAAACUGGCUUCGUGACUGACAUCGAACUUCCCUUCACUGCAGAACAACCACCUUCUUUCCGCCAAAAAUCACCACAACGUCGCGAUUGACUUCCCUCGAUACCCUCGAAUAUCCCUUCCUUUGUCCUCGAUCCACCUCUUCCUAAUUUUCCUGCCUUCAUUGACCCUCGAUUUGUCAUACCCCGCCAGCUGCAAAAGAGAACCAUACCUUAGAUGUCAACCUGAUCGGAUCGAUAACGGCUUCAGGCCUCGCAACAUAUUCUUAGUCUUGAGACUGGCAUCGGCACUCACGCAUCACGAUGCCCGCAAAGAGAAAUGCAAGCACACAGGUCAACGCGGCUAAGCCACAACCAGCAAAAGACUCCUCGAAGAAUGCGCCUACACCUCCCUCUUCUCAGCCCAAGUCCAAUCCAGUCGCACUUUCCACGAAACCCACGGAUAUGCAAAGCUCUGCCGACAAGGAAGAUGAGGACUCGAAGACAGGAGACACUACUGAGUCCGCAGGAGAGCGUACACCCGCUCCGGCUGUGAAUCGGAAAAAGCAGAAGAGACGGGAGAAGGAGGCUGCAAGACGAGCCGCGGAACAAAUCCAUCUGAAUGGUGAUGAUCAUGCAAGCCCAAAGCCCAAUGGACAAUUGCCGCCAGUCAAGCAAGGGCGAGGACCGGUAAAAGGCUACUUCACCGAGGAACCUGAUUACCCCGAUCCUUCAGAUCCCUCCUACGCCGAUCUAGGAAGUCCAGAAGAAGCCUUUUAUAGCGGUGACGAGGAUCCCCGGUAUGCUGAAGGUGCAGACACCAUUCCGGACAGCUCAUGGCUGAAUACGAGCAAGCGGAAGAAGUCCAAAAGCGGGAGGUCUCAUCUGCCCGAAAACGACUCUUUAUCAAGGUCGUCCACCAUGCUGUCGAGGACACACAUUCCGACCUUGUCGAAUGCAGCCAUGCGGGCAUCUCAUAAGCUGUCGAGUAGCGACCACAUUUGGAAUACUUCCACCCAAGCCGAACGAGAAAAUAUCAAGCAAUUCUGGCUGGAACUUGGCGAAGAAGAACGACGAUCUCUGGUCAAGGUGGAGAAGGAGGCGGUGUUGCGCAAGAUGAAGGAGCAGCAAAAACAUUCCUGCAGUUGUUCGGUGUGUGGGAGAAAGCGGACGGCAAUCGAGGAAGAGCUGGAAGUGCUAUACGACGCUUACUACGAAGAGCUUGAGCAAUUCGCCAAUCAUAACACCGAUCUUCCCAGCGUACCGCCGAUGAUGGCGCCACCACGUCCAUCCUUCAAGAGACUCGCACAUCCCAUGGCAGGCUCGUAUCCUUCUCGAGGUCGUGUACAUGAGGUCGAUGGGGAUGACGAGGACCUUGAAGAUGAGGAUGAAUAUGACGACGAGGACGAGGAAGCCUACAGUGACGACGAUGAAUACGACGAUCAUGGUCUUCCUCCUGGUCCCCCUGAUUUCUUCCAGUUUGGCAAUAGUCUGACUGUCAAGGAUGGCAUACUCACGGUUGCGGACGACCUGCUAAAGAACGAUGGAAAACACUUCAUAGAUAUGAUGGAGCAGUUGGCCGAAAGACGAAUGCAACGUGAGGAAGAAAUUCGUUACCCUUCUUCUUCAUAUGCUCAUCAAGGUUACCAUCAAGGUCACAAUCAUCCUCCCAUAGAUGAUGACGAUGAUUAUGACGACGAUGAAGAUGAUGAGGACUAUGACAGUCAAGAGGAAGACGAUUUCGAAGGAGAUGAAAUGGACUCCAUGACUGAAGAACAGCGAAUGGAAGAAGGCCGACGCAUGUUCCAGAUAUUUGCAGCCCGAAUGUUCGAACAACGGGUCUUAACAGCAUAUCGAGAGAAGGUAGCAGCGGAACGUCAAAGAAAACUGCUAGAAGAACUCGACGAAGAGACUCGCCUCGACAGUCAACGAGAAGCGAAGAAGGCGAGAGAAGCGGCUAAGAAGAAGGAGAAGAAGCGCCUCCAGAAACAGGCCAAAGAUGAGGAGAAGGCCAAGAAAGAAGCCGAAAAGGCCGCCAUGGAAGCUGCUGCCCGAGAGUUGGAAGAGAAGCGGCAAGAGGAACAACGCAAACGACGGGAAGAGCAACGUAAGAAGCGCGAAGCUGAGAAGAAGGCUGCAGAGGAAGAACGCCUGCGAAAAGAGGCCGAGAGGCAUCGGAAACAGCAAGAACAGCGUGAGAAACAAGCCGAAAUCGAGCGCAAACAACGCGAAGCCAAAGAACGAGAGCGGCUGAAGCGUGACGAGGCGAAGAAGAAGGAGCGGGAAGAGCGAGAGGCCAAGGAACGGAAGGCCAAGGAGGAACAGGAGAAAAAGGCCAAAGAUGAGCAAGCGAGGAGAGAGAGAGAGGCCGUCCAGAAAGCGGAAAAGGACGCCAAACCUCACCCGCCUACUAUGAAGCAACAGCCUGUGGCCCUUCCGCCUGGUCUACAUCCUCCUUCACGGGGUUCUAGCGUCCAGUCGCCCCAUUUCCAGGUUGCUACGCCAGCUGUGCCUCCCAAAAUUCCUACACCGGCUCGAAAUCGACAACCUUCUCAGCCAAGUCAGCACUCUCAUGGCUCUUCUCCAAAGUCCCAAAAAGCGAGUACGGAUGUUUCUGGGGGUUCUGGAUCGCCUGCAACAGUGGCCAUGGCCCAAACCCCUGCGCCAGGGCAGCCCGCAAAGGUUCACGGUCAACCGCCUGUCCUGCAUCAUCCCCAGCCGUCCGCUCCAAGAUCGCCUUUGAACAACAAUGGCCGUGGACAAUAUCCUUUCAACAUGAAUGGGCUACCAUCCAUGGGAGUCAAUGGUCUGCCAAUGGGUGGUCAGGGGAUGAUGCCCAACAUGAUGCCUCCUAUGCCAAUGUACCAAGGGCCUCCUCCUAUGGGCAACCAUCAACGCUUCGCCAUGAACGGAAUGCAGUAUCCUCCUGGGAUUCCCCGACCGUUUCAGCCGGGUCAACAAAUGCCUUUCGUGCCGCAACCUCCAGGGCAGGUGGGGCCUAUGGUUAGCCAGCAGCCAGUCUCAAAGCCAUCAGGUCACUCGAGGCAGCCCUCUACGGAAACUAGCUCGCAGCCGACUCCAAUAUCCCGGCCAGGACCAAUCGCUCGCCCAUCUAGCACCACGCCAGACAAGCAGAAACCAAUGCGAAAAUCGCCCGAUGUCGAGGUUGAACAGCUUACGACUCAGCUUGGCAGCAAAGCAUUGCUGGAUGACUCCGACGCACCGUUCCUGGAAAACACAGACUCCCGAAUGAAUAUGCCACCUGUUGGUCCGCCUGGGUCGACAAGAUUGCCCUUUGCAAGCAGUUUUCCAGAGCACAAGCAAGAACCGUUUGCACCAAUGAACCAUGGCUGGGGUGGGUUCCAUUCUGCGAUGAGUCCGACACCUAGCUGGGGACCGCCAGGGCCACAACGUCCGAGCCCAGGUUGGUCUCAGCCUCCAUUUGGUGCCAUCGGUGGUGGACCUCAACCCGUUCCCAGAUCACACUUUCCUCGGCCAAUUGCGGUCAGAUUGAUGCUUGUUCAGGCAUGUCGACAGUUGUCGCAGAUUCCCGGAGCUAGUGCCGACGGCUAUCAUCCAGCACAGACAGUUCUCCGACAGUUGGAGACGCUCAAAGCACCGGGCGAACCGCCUGUCUCGAUGGAUGAAAUGCUGGGUAUUUGUGAUACAGAAGGCAAUCCGCAAAAUGGCGGUGGUUCAUUUGAGGUUGUCAUCGAUAAAGCCAGAGGACAAGUGAUCAAAUUUGUUGAUGAGGGGCCUGCCCCCCAAAGAGGUAGUGUCGGCGAGAUUGGUAGUCCCGUCAUGGGCCACAGCCAGCAUAUCCAGACCAGUCCAUUCGGGGGCAUUGGUGCAAGCAGUUUCGGACCACCCGGUAGGAGUUUCUAGUGGCUGACUCCUCCACGGACCAAGCCUCGAGAAGACCAUCGGCGUCAUCACGCUGUGGCUGUACCAUUGGCAUUUCGACGCAGCAUGUCGGCGAACUAAAGGCACUGUGAACAGAGCAGGGUGUUGUGAGUGCGAGCGUUGGCUGUGAAAGACUAGCUCUUGCUUUUUAUGAGAGCUUUGUAUCUGUCUAGGGUGCUCACCGUUUUCCAUCACGUUUAAUAGCAUUAGGGACUGGCUUCGGGUUGAGGAAAGGCCCUCUCUGUGGCUGUCUUUGUCACUCUCGUGGUCCUCGAGACGACGUCAGAACAAUUUUUGAAAGUAGCCACACGGACAACAUUGAAUUGCUUUAUGGCUUAUAGCACAAUUGAAGGUCCCGUAUCAACUUCUUCU